ACUUCACAUUAACAAAUCGAACAAAGUCAUCUUUGAUAUAUAGUUAAAGCAAAGAUGACUAGUUCCAAGCUUUUACUUGUUUUGGUUCUUAGUGUUGUUGUUUUCACUACUACUAGUGCUAGAAAGGGCUCUUUUGAGGAUCAGAAGAACUUGUUUCACCGCCGUGGAGGCGGCGGACUAGGUGGUGGAGGUGGUGGUGGAGGAGGGGUAGGUGGUGGUGCUGGCGGUGGAGCUGGGUUUGGAGGAGGUGCUGGAGGUGGAGCUGGUGGGGGGCUUGGAGGAGGAGCUGGAGGAGGAGGAGGGUUUGGUGGUGGUGGUGGAGGAGGAUUAGGUGGUGGAGCUGGUGGUGGUGCUGGAGGUGGAUUUGGAGCUGGUGGUGGUGCUGGUGGUGGGAUUGGUGGGGGAGCUGGAGGAGGUGGUGGAUUUGGAGGUGGCGGUGGAGCUGGUGGGGGACUUGGUGGUGGAGCAGGUGCUGGUGGAGGGUUUGGUGGUGGAGCCGGUGCUGGCGGUGGGCUUGGUGGUGGAUGGCACUAAAUCCAUUCAUAUUAAGCAAAUUUUUAUUUAUGAGAAACAAAAAAAAAAAAAAAACCUAUUUAUCAUUACCAAAAAAACUUUGUACUUUAUUGUGUUUUAAGGUAUUGUGAGUGAAAUUGGUUGCUCCAAUUGUAUGUCAAUGAGCUCUACAUAAGAAAUAAAGUCUUUAUAUAUCAAAUUAUGGUCUCUAA